CCACUGUGUAGCAUCUCCCUCGGACAUCGAUCCCGAUGAAGAGCGCCAUUAUUGCUUGCUUCCUUUACUUCCUACUCUCUACUGCGUUUACUUCCCCCUCCAACGCCGGCGACGCGUUAACGCCACGACGGCCCAUAUCCGACGACGGAAGCACCUUGACCUCAGACGGCGGCAGAUUUCAGUUGGGCUUCUUUAGCCCCGUGGCCGGUUCCCCCAACCGCUACAUCGGCAUUUGGUACAACAUCUCUGUCCGCACCGUCGUAUGGGUUGCCAACCGCCGCAGUCCGGUGACAGGCCGCUCCGGGCGCCUCUCCAUGUCGGAAAACGGAACGCUCCUUCUCACCGACGGAAGAAGUUCCACCAUCUACUGGUCCUCGAGUUCGCUGGCUUUGCAGGAACCCGAAGCGCGAGUCCUGGAGAACGGCAACUUUGUCGUCAUGGAGAACGGAAGCAACCCCAGCAGCUCAGCGGCAUGGAAGAGCUUCGACCACCCUACCGACACGCUCCUCCCAGGGAUGAAGCUUGGGUGGAACCUCAGCACCGGACUGAACCGCAACCUCACGUCGUGGGCGACCUCCGGCGAUCCGUCUCCAGGAGAUUACGUGGCGGGCAUCGACGUGGCCGGCGUACCCCAGCUGUUGGUGUGGUCCGGGACUCGGCAAAUCUGGCGCGGCGGCUCGUGGAACGGCAUCGGCUUCAGCGGCAUCCCGGUGAUGAGGCAGGACAACACCCUAACUCAGAACAACGCCCUAACUCUGCAUUAUGAGUUCGCAUCAAACGCUGACGAGGCCGUCUACUGGUUCUACCUGGAAAACUCCACCUCCUUGUUGAGGUUGGUCCUCAACGGAAGCGGCCUCCUCGAGCGAUUCCUCUGGUACGACUUCGGAAAACGCUGGAUGCCCCUCGGCGCCGCGCCCGACACCAGCAGGAACCCGUGCGACGAACGAGUGUCCUCCUGCGGUGCCAACGGCGUCUGCGGCCCCCGUGCGUCGACCUGCACUUGCCUCCAGGGGUUUCGCCUCAAUAGUCGGCGAACCUGGGGCGACGGGUGCGAGAGAGAGCUCCCGACGGCCGGCUGCCGGAGCAGGAACGACACCUUUGUCACGGUGAACAACACCAAGUUGCCGGACACGUCAAAGGCGACGGUGAACCGGAGCACGGCGAGUCUGGACAUGUGCAGGGACUGGUGCUUGAGGAACUGCUCCUGCACUGCUUAUGCUGCUUCCAACCUCAGCGGCAAUGGCAGUGGGUGCCUGAUCUGGACGUCGGACCUCUACGAUCUCACGCUGUACGACAACGAAGAUCCAGGACAGGAUCUCUACGUUCGACAAGUAGAAUCAAGAGCUUUGAACAAAGGAUUAUCGGCCAAUUCUCUCCUCCGGAGAGCAUCAGUAUUGAUCAUUGUUUCAGUAGUUCUUGUGGCUUUUCUCCUUUCACUUUUGUCGUGCUGGAUUUGGAGAAGGAAGAAGAGAAGUCUGUAUUGUGAUGAGGAAGAGACUGAAGGAAAGGACUUGGAUUUGCCGUUAUUUGAUUUGAACACGAUUGCUGAAGCGACUAACAACUUCUCGGAGAACAAUAAGCUUGGCCAAGGGGGAUUUGGGCCUGUAUAUAAGGGGAGACUGGUUGAAGGACAAGAAAUAGCUGUGAAAAGGCUAUCCAAGACAUCAUCGCAAGGCGUCGACGAGUUUAAGAAUGAGGUCAUGCUGAUUGCUAAGUUGCAACAUCGAAAUCUCGUUCGACUUCUUGGUUGUUGCAUUCAAGGAGGAGAAAGGAUCUUGGUCUAUGAGUACAUGCCCAAUGGAAGCUUGGAUGCUUUUCUAUUUGAUGGCGCUAAAAGCACAUUGUUGGAUUGGAAAAUGCGUCAAGAUAUUAUACUUGGGAUUGCACGAGGACUUCUUUACCUUCAUCAAGAUUCUAGACUUAGAAUCAUUCACAGAGACUUGAAAGCUAGUAAUGUUCUUCUUGAUAAAGAAAUGACGCCCAAAAUAUCAGAUUUUGGCAUGGCAAGGAUUUUUGGAGAGGAUAUAGAAGGAAAUACGAGGAGAGUUGUUGGAACAUAUGGAUACAUGUCACCUGAAUAUGCAAUGCAUGGAAUCUUCUCAGUGAAGUUGGAUGUAUUUAGUUUUGGAGUUUUGUUACUUGAGAUCAUAACUGGUAGGAAGAAUCGAGGAGUAUAUCACUCUACCCUGUACUUAAAUCUUCUCGGCCAUAUAUGGAGUUUAUGGAAAGAAGGUAAAGUUAUGGAAUUAGUUAAUGAAUCUAUUGAUCACUCACUGUCGGCAGCUGAGAUCCUUCGUUGCAUAAAAAUUGGUCUUUUAUGUGUUCAAGAGCGACCAAGAGACAGACCAACCAUGUAUUCAGUAUUGAAAAUGUUGGACAAUGACAAUGCUCUUGAAAUAGAACCUAGUCAACCUGGAUUCGUCGACUUCAGAGGCCCCCUUCAUCAAACUAAUUUGUCAAUAAGAAAACAAGAUUUGUCACGAAACUAUGUUUCUGUGACAAUGCCACAAGGUCGAUAGUGUGAAAUGCAUUUUGGUAGUAUGAAACUUAAAUGCUUUAGACUCCAUGUCUAGUAUUUGUGAAUUUUGUCAAUAAACUAUGUUCCUAUUUCUAAAUAGUGAGCAGCCUUAGACUCUUAUGUUCUCUUUUACUGUCUUAUAUAUGUGGUUCUGAACAUCUCUGAAAUGCUUACAAUUGCAUUUUGGGAGACACUUGCUAAUUAAAAGAGCUCUCGAUUGAUAGAA